UGUCACAUGACAAGCAAAAUGGCUGUCAAAACAUGGCUUGUCUUCCUGGUCGCUGUUACAUCAGUGACGGGGAUUUUGUCGUCUUUUGAUUCACCACCAGAAAAGUUUGUGGUCAAUCUUGAUCUACCAGCGGACCAGAGAUGGACACACGUGGUAACAAAACAACCAUAUGUGGACUUAAUCCCGAAGUUCCGUCAAGUCAUCGGUGGUAUGCUGCCAGAGCCCGAAGUGUUGUUACCCUUGGUAGAAGCCAUUGCUGCAGAUUUGGAUAGCUACAUCAAAAGUCCAUACGCUCAGGAAAUGAGAGGGAUUGCUAAGAGUCUAAAUAUGAAUCUUGGCGACAUUGUAGGGGCUAACCUCCUGUAUGACGUGUCAGCGUUCUGUACCAGUAUUGUAAUGCAGGAUGACAAAAACAUGAUCUGGCACGCUCGAAACCUGGACUUUAGUUUUACUGAUCUCCUAAGGAAUAUCACAGUCUUCAUUGACUUUCAAAGAAACAAUCAGACUGUGUACAGUGGAGUCACCUAUGCUGGGUACAUUGGUCUAAUGACUGGACAAAGGCCAAAGGUAUUUACCAUCACUGCAGACGAAAGAGAUGACGGGAGCUUUUGGAUGAACUUCCUGGUUGGGAUACUCCAGAGGGAUGCUGUUCCUGUCAGCUUCCUUAUCAGAGAUACACUGGAGGAGAGUACAAAUUACCAAGCAGCCGUAAACAAGCUGGCCUAUAGCAUUACUAUGGCUUCUGUGUACCACAUCGUGGCUGGCGUUAACCCUGGGGAGGGAGUCAUCAUCACUAAGGGUCGUGAGGAGCCAGUUGACAUCUGGCCACUCAACCUUUCAAAAAACAGGUGGUUUGAGGUGGAGACAAACUACGACCACUGGAACAGUCCACCCCCAGAUGAUGACCGCAGAGACCCAGCUAUCAAGGCUAUGACUAACCUUGGACAGAAAAACAUCAGUAAAGCAACCCUGUUUAAUGUCAUGUCUACAGUACCAAUCAGAAACAACCACACAACCUAUUCUGUUGUGAUGUCUGCUGCGCAGCCCCAGAUCAUGCAAGCCUGGAUACGACACGGAGACGUGUACUGAUCAUUGUAACGUGUACUAACCGAUGUAUUGAAAAGCUGUAUUGACCACAACUAUUUCUACUGAUUAGGCCGUUGAUUCACCUGUUUCAUUUACAUAAGAAGAAAUCCUUGACGUCCUUGUUCGCAUUGAAUAGUAUUGCUUCAGUAAAGGAGAUUAGUUCACCCUUUCAACCCUAUGUAACUUUAGUAGACAUUAACCAUUCAUUGAUAUGGAUGAGUUCAUUAUGGUCUACAGUGGUGAAAGGGUUAAGGAUAUUUUUCUUACAUUUAGCAAUGAUAUUUUUCUUACAUUUAGCAAUGGAGAUACUUAAGUCAAGAAAUAAACUCUUCUAUGAACCUGGGUAAGUUGAUAUUUACUCACCAAGAUGAAUUCCAUAGUCCCUACUUACCACAUUGACACAUUCACCCCUGAAAGUUUAUAAUGAACUAUUCCAACCUUUAAAUUGGAAGAGUUCAAAUGUGUCUUCAGUGGUGAAUGAGUUAACUAUUUGCUACAAAAUCUAUUUACUAUUUGAUGACCUCUACGUACAAAGUUCAUGUCUGUAUGCUAUCUGAAAGACCUAUUUGUCACUGUUGUUUAUGUCCAGAUAGAUAAAAACAGUGAAAAGUUGGUCCUAAAAAUUUGAUAUUCAUCAUGAACAUAUUUCUUAUGAUACUCAUUUUACAAGUGCAAUGGAAACCAAAUUUUAUGAUACAUGUAUAGAUUUUUGGAUGAAGGUGUUCCUGCAAAAUGAACAAAAUUAAAUGCCCAUUAAGACAUGAUUUUACAAUAGAGGAAGUUCAGUCUCAUUGUAUUAACAUUUCCUUUUCUAUAUAUUUUAAAGUUUAAUGCUAUAUCAAUAUUUGCAUCACUGAUAUCUGGUAUUUAUGAAAACAUUAAACCAACCAUAUUAUCCAUAAGUUGGUAUGUGUCACCAAGUAUGAAGUGGCGUAUUACUUAUUCAAAGGUGCCUUAAUUUUAUCAUGUCUCGUCUUUUAUUAUAAUGUUUUCUUGAUUUGUUAAUAUUCAAUAUAUAUAGACAAUAAUUUGUUAUUGGUCAACAAACAUGUUGCUAUAAGCGGGUGCGAUAUCUAGUGGGGUGCGAUAACAUAUCAUAUAUUCCAGAACCCGAGCACCUGUGGCCAAAAUAGGAAAUUUCCAAACAGGGAUAUCAUGAACACUUCAGCAGAUUAUAUCUCUUUGGUUUGCUGUAUUGUAUCACCUGUUAACCCUUUCACCCCUAUGUAACUUUAGUUAACUCUUCCAUGCAUUGAUCUGGAUGAGUCCAUUAUGUUUCACAGUGGUGAAAGAGUAAACUAAAAAAUACUCACAAUUAAAUGAUAUGUAAUUCAAUGCUGAUGGGAAUUCGAAUGAGCAAGCCAACUGUACUGGUAUUGUCUCCCAUUUGACCACCUUUUGUAAACACACAUGAAUUGUGUUUUAUAUGGGUAAGAGAAUUGAGAACAAUUACAUACUUAAUCCAUAUCUAGGGAAGUGACAAAGCGAUUUACCGUUGUGUAUUUAAGGGAAUCAUAGCUCCAUUUAUAUUUAUCAAUAAAUGGUGUUUAACAGGUAAAAAUCAGCAGUUUAUUACCUGAAUGGAAUGUGAUUUACAUGUGAUAAAUAGCUGUGUAAUACAACUCACUGCAAAUGAAUGAUAUUUAUUCUCCACUACUUUGUAUGGGCACAGGUUACGGGAAAUUAUAGAUUUUCCAGGGAAAUGUUUUUAUGAUUUUCAAGAGAAAUAUACCAUGAUACAUAUAUUGCUCUAUACUGUUGUGUCAUAUACCCCGACACAUAACAUGGUAUAAUGUGAUCUACUGUAUGUGAAGCCAUCUAUUCCGUCUUUGCGUAUUGCAGAGCUAUCUUCUCUUGUGAGCAGGUAUUGAUUGUUACGUCAUUGGUUUG